AUGCCUGGUGGAAAGGGAAAGUCCAUCGGUGGAAAGGGUGGUUCCAAGGACUCUGCGGGGAAGGCCCAGAAGUCCCACAGCGCGAAGGCUGGUCUUCAGUUCCCCUGUGGUCGUGUUAAGCGUUUCUUGAAGAACAACACCCAGAACAAGAUGCGCGUUGGUGCUAAAGCCGCUGUCUACGUUACUGCUGUCCUCGAGUACCUGACUGCCGAAGUCCUGGAAUUGGCCGGCAACGCCGCCAAGGACCUGAAGGUCAAGCGUAUCACGCCCCGCCACCUCCAACUCGCUAUCCGUGGUGAUGAAGAAUUGGACACCCUUAUCCGCGCGACCAUUGCCUUUGGUGGUGUUCUGCCCCGCAUCAACCGUGCCCUGCUUCUGAAGGUCGAGCAAAAGAAGAAGGGCAAGCCUGAACUUUGA